UCAACAAGCACAAAGUCAAGGUGUUACAAUGGUGUGUGCUGAAGAUGUACCAUCUGGGUCAUUCCAAUUUCAAAAUGAGGCACGGCUUGUGUCACCAGCAUCAAACCCACAAACAGGUCUGCCAAGCUUGUCAGCUGGUUUCCAGAGUUCUGCUACAUCAUCAGUUAUGCCCCCACAAGGAUCCUCAGAUUUUCAUCAAACAGCACCCAAGACUGUGGAUGUAUCAUCACCAUCGUCAGCAAAACCUUCAACAGAUUCAUCAAGUCAGGAGGCAUCACAUUCAUCAGACACAGACCAGCUAGGGUCAAGUGGCUCAGAUAUAAAAAGUAUAAUGGAAGAAAACCAGAAGCUGAAGGAUGAGAGGACAUGUAAGAUCUGUAUGGAUGAAGAAGUCAGUAUUCUGUUUCUGCCAUGUGGUCACAUGGCUUGUUGUGCAGGUUGUUCUGUUAGUGUCCAGGACUGUCCAAUCUGUCGAGCUGAUAUUGUACAGAGAAUUAAAGCUUACUGGUCUCUUUGAUUCCAAAGAACGAUGAAAAUACUGGAUUGAACUCCGGCUUAUAAUUCUGAACUGAAAUUUAUAUUUUACGUGUAACUUUAUUUAAUAAGAAUAUUUUCUCAUAUUUAUUCAGGAUGUUUGCUGUUUGUGACAACUUUGGGUUAUUAAUGGUCAUUUUAGAUGAUAAUCAUGAUUUUAAGCUCACCUAGUCCUUCAAAACCAGUGAGCUUAAAGCCAUAUAGCAGGCAUCUACUAUUCAUCCAUACCUCAUCCAUCUGUCAACUAUUUUUUCCAAAUUGCUGUUUGUUGUAAACGAUUAAGCAGAUUUUGACCAUAUUUUGUCAGAAGCAUUCUUGGGGGUAAAGCAAGUAAAUUUGGUAUAAAUGGUGAAUCCCUAAGUGGCCUGAGGGGUAAGGCCCAAAAGGGGAAACAGAGUAAAUGCUUUAAAAAUCUUUUUCCUCCUGUAGGAAAGAUUAAAUUUGUCCCAAAUUUGGUCUGGAACAUUCUUGGGAAAAGGGGAAUUAAUUUUGUACAAACUGUGGGUCUUUGCCCCUAGGGGCAGGAGAGGCAGGGCCCAAUAGGGUAAUGAGCAUAUUAAUUAAAUUUAUUCUUCUGUAGGAAUGGUAGAAUUCUGUCUCAAUUUGAAAUGAAGCAUGAAUGGUUUUGCUGACCCACUAAGGAAAUUGUUUAUGCUGUGUGCUGGAAAUUUAGACUUAAUAGUCCUUUAGUUUGGAUGGAGCAGUUUCAGCCAAAGCCUGGUGAGCGAUACAGGCCUUCAGGCCCAAUGGGCCUCUUGCUUAUAUGUUGCUAGCAUCUUCAUGCCAGGCUUUGAUUUGACUUUACAGUAGUUCACCUAUGUUGCUUGACACUGAAAAAGUUUAGCAAAUGUUUUGUAAAAUGUCAGUUGUUUAAUAGUUAUCUUUGUUACUUACUAGUAGAUUCAUGUCAGAUUUUCAAACAGUUUUGAUUGGCAAUUUUUGUUUUUUGACUCACCUGCUCGAAUUGCAAUAAGCUUGGCAGAAAGGUCUAUCUGGCAUAAACCUUUCCUUUCAUACAACUUUUUCCUCAGUAACUAAAAGGCCAAGGGUACUGAUAUUGGGCCCUUAGCAUUAUAUUAGGCUACUAUGUUUCUCUUAUGGUGUCCUACAAAGUUUGCUAAAAGAAAUGACCUUGACCAGUCUUCAAAGUCACAGGGGUCAAAUGUGUUAAAACGUUUAAACAAUUUCUAAUGAAAUAUAGAAAAUCCUAGAAUCAUUAUAUUUGGCCAGUAUGUUCCUUUUAUGAAGUCUAAGAAAGUUUGCAAAACAGAAAUGACCUUGCCCCAUAGUCAAGGUAACAGGGGUCAAAUGUGUUAAACCUUUAAAUUGCAUUUUCUGAUGAUCCAAAACAUCUAGGAUAGUGAUAUAAUUCCAAAAUAGGUUCUCAAUGAUGCCUGGUAAUAUUUGAGACCAGAAAUGACCUUGACCCAUAUUCAAGGUCACAACAGUCAAAUGUGUUAAACCUUUGAACAACUUCUGAUUAAGCUAAAGGCUUAGGAUCAUAAUAUUUUUCCAAAACGUUCCCUUAAUGGUGCCCACAUAGUGUGUGAAAAAAUAGCUUGACCCAUAAUGAUAUUUAUGGUCAUUGGGGUUAGAUUUGGUAAAAUAGUUAAUCAACUUCUUCUGAUUAGCCAAAAACCCAUCAUAUUUGGCCAUUAAAGGCUUAUAUACAAAUGACUUAUUUUGGACUACUAAGGGACAGAACCCAUAUGGAGUAAUUUGUCAUAUUGCUUUAAGCAUCUACUGUGGAACAUAUGCACAGAUAUUGUACAGUUGGUCAUAAUGAUCCAGGUGAGUGAUACAGGCCCUCUGGGCCUCUUGUUAUGUUAACAGAUACAUGUAUAGGAUCAAUGAAGUAGUAAUGACAGUACAGAUACGUAUAUUUUCAAAUUUUCAUAUAUCUUUUCCAGUAAUUUGCAACCAAUGACAUAUUUGACCAAACUGUCAUUAUUACCUAUUAGAUAUAUGAUUGUGGCUUUCUUUAUACCCCCAUGCAAUGAAGUUGGAGGAGGGAGGGGUUCUACUGGAAUCAUCUGUCUGUCUGACUGUCUGAAGACAAAAACACACUUUAGCUGGCAUUCACUCAGUUUACAAUGGAAAUUUCUUGAUGUGCCCCUUAAAAUGACCUUGUGUUUUCCCCCCUUUCAGAGAGUUAUAUCCCUUUUAUUUAAAAAAUGAGCACAGUUUUUUCCCCGGAUGUGUAUGUUGAGAAAUAGCCAAUUUCAGAGCACUCAUUCACAGAACAGUACAAUUUAACAUAUUAUACAGGCUUUUUCCUUGUUUUUUUUUUCCUCUGGUAAUAUAGGUUGUCAUGGUAACAGGUAACUGUAAACAAGUUUUACUAUAAAUAGCCAUUUCUCCUUGGUAAUACAACUGAUUUUGUUAUUUGACUACGGUCAAACCAGUAGUUGGAUACAUAACAUGUUUCAGAAAUGAUUAUCAUGGAAGCACAAUCCCACUCUCUGAUCGGUCAAAAUUUAGAUGAUAUCUGAUUUUGACCAAUAUUUUGUAUAUAAGAGUAUUAGGCUAUGCAAAAAAUUAAUGUUCAAAUUUUUGUUUUGUUUUUUCUUUCUUGUUUUUCCCUAGUUUUUUUGUGGAGUUUUUUUUAUAUAGAGGUCUUUACAUCUCGGCAGUGGGGGGAUGGGGGUAACAUCAUGCAAGAUAUCUGAUUCAUAUUUAGCUGAUAGAUAUCGACAUGCAAAUUUUUAAGUUUAUUAAGAAUUCACAAUCAAGAAACAUGGAAACUUCGUAACAAUUGUGAAUGGAGACUUAUUUUCAAAUGAUGA